AUGGAGACUACCGUGAGGAACAAACAAGUGAUACUUAGAGAUUACAUAAGGGGUUUCCCUAAAGAGUCUGAUCUAAUGAUAGUCACACCUGUAAAUACAACGGAACUCAAGGUGAUAGAUUCUGAUGAUCCAGUUUUUGCAAAAGGCGAUUUUGUUUGGGGAAUCGUCGAUUGGGAGGAGUAUAGUACUGUUAACUCAAUUGGUAGAUCCAAAAUCGAUAUCAAUGUCAAUGUUCCUCUCUCUUACUACACUGGAAUACUUGGUUUGACAGGUUUAACUGCUUAUGCGGGUCUUUUCGAGAUUUGUUCACCUAAGAAAGGAGAAACAGUCUUUGUCUCUGCGGCUGCUGGUGCAGUUGGUCAGCUCGUGGGUCAGUUUGCUAUGUUGAUGGGAUGCUAUGUUGUUGGAAGUGCCGGAAGUAAACAAAAGGUCGAUAUCUUGCUAAAUAAAUUUGGAUUCGACAAUGCAUUCAAUUACAAGGAAGAACCUGAUCUUGACGCCGCCAUUAAGAGGUGUUUACCGCAAGGUAUUGACAUAUACUUUGAGAACGUUGGAGGCAAAAUGCUUGACUCGGUGCUAAUGAACAUGAAAACUUAUGGACGCAUCGCUGUAUGCGGGAUGAUAUCUCAGUACCAUCUUGACACCAACGAAGGGAUUCAAAAUGUACCGGUUGUUAUCUACAAGAAGAUCAAGAUGCAAGGGUUUGCGGCUUUGGACUUCUUUGAUAGAUACCCUCAGUUUUUGGAGUUUGUGCUUCCAUAUAUAAAAGAAAGGAAGUUGAUAUACGUUGAAGACAUUGUUGAAGGACUAGAGAAUGGUCCUGCUGCUCUUGUUGGAAUCUUACAUGGGAAAAACGUUGGGAAGCAAGUCCUUAAAAUUGCUUGAGAGUGAGAUAUAUCGGUUAUCGGUAUGGUGAUGUAAAAUCGUACCAAAAUAUGCUAAGAGAUUCCCUAUGGUUUUGCACUAGAUAGUGAUGCAAAGAUUACAACAGGGCUGAUAAAUUUGUAAUUAUGUUUUGGAUUAUAUUGGGUUUAAUUGUGAUAUUCUAAACGUUGAACUCAAAUCGAGUAUG